AUGUACGUCCGCCAUAUUUGUUUCUCCAGCAACACAUACAACAACGAAAUCGAUGACGUAGAACACACUUCCUGUUUAAUUAUGUCCACCUAUUCAGCAUUGUUUACGUCUUGUUGUGGAUUAUAUGAUCCAAAGCUGAUGAUCAAAGAUAUUUUGGAGGUUGACAAAUUGCCAGAUAGCAAUAAGGAAAUAGAAGAUAUUGUGAGUUUUGACUGGAAAAUUGAAACAAAAUAUUACACUGCUGAAAUAAAAUUAUGUAGCACAACGAAACGAACUGUAGGAACGUCGGAGUUUGCUGAAGGUGUGCAGGCGGUGGUUAUAUAUUUCAACGCAAUCCAGGUGGAAAAUUUUGAUUUAGUAAAAGCAUGGUUGCCAUACCUCAAAGAAAUAUCACCAGCAAUACAGAUACUUGUAUGCAAAAAUAUUCCUCAGAGUCAAGCUGCUCACAGACACACGGUGCAGAACUGGUGUCUGGACAAUGACUUUGAAUUGGUGGAGUUGGAUCCGGAAGUCAAGCCUGAUGAAGACGAUGAUUUCCAAGAGACUACUGGAAUCAAGAGAAUUACCCAGGCACUGCAUGCUCAUAUGUGGCCAAAUAUGAUUCUUAAAGAAAACCAACACACAAUGAGCCCAUACAUGAGGAAACUGAUGGAAGAGGAAUCUUCCUCAAAAUUAAAGACACAGCAAAAAUCUGCUCUGGAAGCUGCGGCUAAGUGGGAUGACUCUUUGUGUCUCAAAGAAGAGAGGACUGACAAUGGAAGUGAAAAAGACACAGAAAGAUCACAGACAGUAGAAAAAGAUGAAAAGGAAACCAACUGGCAGCAAAAAGAUGAAGCAUCAUCUCAGACAGGCCAUACUGUGAAUGGAGAAGUUGAGAAGGCAGUCAGCACAUCUACAACCAAGGACAAGGUUCCGGAUGAAACAUUUCCUGAUGAUGAUGUUGACUUUAUGCAGUCUAUGUGGUCGGAGGAGGAUGGGGGAGAAUCAUUUGAACAACUUUUCUCUAAGUUUAGGCUGAUGAAAGAAAAAGCUGAGUCACUACCACAAGCAGAGAAAAAGAAAUAUGCAGAAAAGGUAACCAUUGCCUUUUGGAAAGCCAUUGGUGGAGACGAAGAAGAGAUUGGCGACCUUUCUGAUUUCAGCGACUCUUGAGAUGCCAUAGCACCAUGCAGCAGACAUAGAUCCAAGGAUUUGUGUAAUAAAUCAACUAACCAGGAGAUCUGCAGACAGAUUCAAGGGCAUACUCCAGUGUUGUUCUGAGUAUGUGUGGUACUGAAUGUACUGUUCUGGUCAUGCCUGCUUGGAUUGUACAGUGCUUGAUAAAAAAGUGCAUUAUUAAACAGUCAGCGGUUAAUGAUUUGGUUCCAUCUUUAAUAUAUAAUACAUGUGUAUGCAUGGUAUUUGAUUUUCUUGUUUAGCUGGGUUUACAGUGGAUUACAAGAUAUACAAGUAAAUGAAUAACAGAAGUUUAAUUUAUAUUUAGAAUACAACUGUUGCUUAUUUUUUGUUAUAAGGAAAUAAAUUAUUUAUUUGAU